GAGGGGGGAAGGAGGGGGAGAGCGAUAGCGAGAGAAAGAGAGAGACAGACAGACAGACAGACAGAGCGGGAGGGUGAGGGAGGUAGAGCGACCUAGAGCCAGAGCGGGGGAGAGAGAGAGAGAGAGAGAGCGCGGGGUGGAGGGCAGGCCUAUCUGCAUCAUGCCCAGAUGACGCUCCACAAAGAAGAAGAAGAAGAAAAGAACACUUGGCCUUUUCUGUGCGGACUGCUCGUCCACCCCAGCCCGUCCUCCUCCUCCUCCUCCUCCUCUUCCUCUUCCUCUCACGUAAGUCCGCUUUCUAAUCGCAUCUGGCCGAAGUUAGAGUCGCCCUUUGACUCGGAGCAGUUUGAUUUGUUCGUCGGGCCGAGGCGGAGGCGAACUUCGGAAAGUUCCUGUAAGACUCCGCCGACGAACUGGUUCCGCUCAGAAACCCCUGGACUGGUACUGGUACUGGUAGUGGUAGCGGUAGCGGUAGUGGUCGUGGUACUGGUUUGGACUGGUUCUGUGUGGGACACAGCUGGAUGAAGACAGACUAACGGAGGAAAACAGACGAGUUAAAGCCGCUACGUCUUCCUGUCGGAAGCGGGCCUGAGACGCUGAGUUCUCCAUGAAGAGGAGGGUGAGAGCAGGCCGAUGGAGAAAUGACCAAAACAAACGACUGACAGACAGACUGACGGACAGACUGACAGACUGACAGACAGACUGACUUGUCACACAGACAGACAGAAAGACAUGUUACUGAGGAGGAAGUUGUAUGUGGCCGUGCUGUUUGCUGCCAUCCUCUUCCUGAUGAUCGCCAGUCAAACCAUCCACCGGAGUCACUUCCUGUCUGUGGUCAUGCCCACUGGCCAGAACAUGCCCACCAGAGGAGGCAGCUGCGAGCGCAGUGGGGAGACAGGUCAGAACAACCACAGCAGGAGGCCUUCCACUGGUACUUCUCAUGGGUUGAUUUCUGCUGCCGGUUCAUCCUCUGGUCCCCCCAGGGCCCCAACGGCCCCAACCGCUGUCCAAUCUCAGGGUCAGGACCCCAUGGCCGGGGCAGAGCCUGCAGGGGACCCCCAGGCUGGGGAGGAGAGCCUGGGGAAAAGCCAGACUAAACCAAAGGCCUCCGGCAAGUUGUGUGGCUGUACUGAUGGCUGUAUAUCUGAUCUGGGUGGGCCCGGGUCCGACUGGUUCCGACAGCGCUAUGAUCCCCAACAGCAGCCUGUCCUUCACCAGAGCGACCACAAUAUGGAUCCCGAUGCUCUCAGAUGGUGGCUGGGCUUACAGCGCUCCAAUGAUGGACAGACCCUGGAGGAAGUGAUGUCAAAGAUGUUCCAGGUCAUCUCCCCACCCACGCUGCAGCUCAGGCCCCUGCCCUCUCGUUGCCGGAGCUGCGCAGUUGUGGGUAACUCUGGCAACCUGCAAGGCUCCACCCACGGCAAGCUGAUCGACUCACAUACCUCUGUUAUCAGGAUGAACAAGGCAGUGACAGUGGGAUUCGAACAGGAUGUCGGGAACAGGACUACACACCACUUCCUGUAUCCAGAGAGCGCCGUGGAUGUGGGGGGCGGAGUCAGUCUGGUUCUGCUGCCCUUCAAACUCCGAGACCUGGAAUGGCUCACCAGCGCCCUCUCUACUGGACAGAUCACAAUGACCUACAUGCGAGUUAAGGACAGAGUGCAGGCUGACAAAGACAAGGUCCUGGUUGUGAAUCCUGUGUUUUUUAAAUAUGCUCAUGAGCACUGGACAGAGCGUCAUGGGAGGUAUCCCUCCACCGGCAUGCUGGCCCUCAUCUUCGCCCUCCACACCUGUGACCAGGUGUCGGUGUUUGGCUACGGGGCAGAUCAGGAGGGAAACUGGCACCAUUACUGGGAGGAGAACCGCUACGCUGGAGCCUUCAGGAAGACCGGAGUCCACAGUGCUGAAUUCGAAACGCAGGUCAUCCACCGCCUAGCCAAAGACGGCAAGAUCAACCUGCACCUCUGACAGACAGACGGACGGACAGACAGACAGACAGACAGACAGACAGACAGACAGACAGACAGACAGACAGACAGACAGACAGACAGACAGACAGAAAGACAGACAGACAGAUAGACAGAAAGACGGACGGACAGACAGGCAGACAGACUGACAGUAAGGCACAAAAUCAAAUUAAGAGCCUGACAAACAAAGACAGAUGAACUGCCUAUCACAGCGUACUGCAGAAGAUACUGACAGACUGACUUCCUGACCACUAGACUGACUGACAGGACCACUUCCCGUUGUCUACCAGAUAGACAAGGAGAAAUGAAACAGUCCCACGCUGCAGGUGUGGAACCUCAAAGUAAAACCACUCCUUGGCCUCAAUAGUGCCAAUUGGCCGAGCCGUGAAGGGCGCAGUCAUUCGCCCUUGUAAACCGUCAUGGAGGGCGAGUUGCCCAUCUACAACUCUGGAGAGGCAUAAGCCAUACCCAGACCUGGUUAAGUUUGGGUAUGGGUUAGAUGAGGUUAAGGUUAGAGUCAUGAUCUGGGAGGUCAUCCUUUUCAUCACACCAUCUAGUGUUGGCUAUGAAAGUGGAGUUUUCCAUGUGUUCAGGACAACCAUGGUCUCAGUUUUCAACCAGCGCACAUUUUGGUGUAACUUUGGCUCUGACUAGUAACUCUUCACACCUGCAACCAAUCACAAUAUAAUACUGCUGAGGACACAAACAGGUUGUGAUUCUUGUUCCAAGAUGUGGGAUGGUUUCAUGCCUCCUCUUAAACUUCCAGGAUGAGCAGGCAGAGCUACACCUGAAACCACAUCUUGCUCAUCUUAGCUAACAGCCUCCAACUGCAAUCGGAGUAGUUUCUUUACUAUUGACUGAGAGCUGGAGAGGUGGGAGGAGCUCUGCACUGACUGGAUGGAGCCAAAGGUCUGCUGCAGGCUGUACCUGAUCUGUGGUCUUUCUCUGGUACAAGAAACCAGAUCUUUAAUCAAGAAGGGCUGUUUUAAAGCUCACCACUAUGAGAAACCAACUGAAGCACACACUUUGCUGGGAUGAAGCACAUAAACCCUGCUCACAGCUUUUUAUUCCUUUUUAUUUGAUUUUUCUAUUUUAAACAGGAACAAUCUAUGUAAUCGAAGCAAUCUGAGCACCUUUCCUUUUUGCAGGAGGCCUUGCUGUCCGAGGCAGCCAUGUUUUUUCUUUGAGAGAGGAUGCUGUUUUCAUCUUUUAUACCAUUUUUAACCUAAACAUGUAUUCAAGUCUACACAACCGUCCUGAUGUGAAAGAUAUGCCUCCGUCCGACACACAGGGCCACAGCCAUGUUGUUUGACUGUGACUUCCUGUUUUGGAUUUGAAGCCUGUGCCACUUCCUGCCAUUUUCAUAAACACAGCUGCAGGCUAUGGGUGGGAGGAGUCUUGUACCUCGUGAGUCUGUGAUUGAUUCAGGUCUCCGUUCCAUAGAAAGUGAAUGUAUGUGUUGCUGAGGGUGCCUCCGUUUACACUGGGGACUAAUCCACCAUCAAUCCUUCGUCAUGCUGGAGAACAAGAUGUUUCUGAUGCGCCACAAUGUGGGCAAGGACCAGUUGUUUACUGGUUUUAGUCAGAUUUGAAGUGGCUCGUGAUUAUUGGAAUCACCUUCAUCAGUCUGCUGCUGUUGCAUGAUAAAAACAGGGAUCUUGGGCUUCAAACUGUUGCUGUUCCAACAGUUUUCCUGGUCCAUGUGGACGUGGUUCAGCCAUGUCGUGGCCCAUCGUGGCUGUAAACAGAACUGUCUCUGGACGUGACUACUGUGAUCAGUAGAGCUAGAACACCUAGCAGCAGCAUCCACUGAUAAACCAAAACAAGAUGAUAUACUAUAGCUUUAAUCAAUCUUCAUUGUCGUCCUUCAUGUUAAAAGUUCAGACUUGCUCACAAAGUUGUUACAGACAACUUUCUGAGAAGACCUUCAGGUUUUCCACACAGAAACUUAAAAAAAAACGUUUAGGGAGGACCAUAAAACCAUGAAUGAAGAUGAUUAGAAAGGAGAACUUUUUGGAUCUCCCUCACAGUAGUCAGCAUCACGAGGCGUGUCCACGUGUCGAGAUGGUUACUACACAACAUCACCAACCUGCUUUCUGUAAAACACAACAGAAAAGUUGUACACGCUGGAAAACACAAUCCUGUAUGUGGCUCUGGGUUAAUCCAGGUUCCCUCCGUUUCUCCUGUCGCUGUGAACAAGCUAAGCCAAAUUGACUGUGGUUUCCUCCUGUCUGGAUGAACAGGAACCGAGGAUGCUGGUGUCCUGUUUGCAGCAAAGAGGACGGUCUAAACCACAUAGAGCUCAGUUUACCUGUGAUGAUCUGCUGGACACACCUCCAGGAGAAUGGAUGAAUGAGUCAUGACUGAAAAGCUGGAGUCUAUUAACGUGACCGUGCGUCUCUGUGCACUAAUGUUUAAAGUGACUUGAUUGAAACUGUAGUUUCUCUUUUAGGAAAAAAAUAAAGUAUUAUUGGCCAAUCA